CUCCUGGGCAGCAGAGCUUGUGUCCACAUGGCAGCAGCUGCCUGGGGCAGUGGGUUUCUCAAUGCUGUGCUGCACACGGCCAAUACAUUUUCUAUACCACUCUGCCAGGGCAUUGACCUGGACCAGUUCUUCUGCGAUGUUCCCCAGAUCCUCAAGCUCUCCUGCUCAUAUGCCUACCUCAGGGAGUUUGGGCUUAUUGUGGUUAGUGCCUGUUUAUUCUUUGCGUGUUUUGUUUUCAUUGUGCUGUCCUAUGUGGAGAUCUUCAGGGCCGUGCUGAGGAUCCCCUCUGAGCAGGGACGGCACAAAGCCUUUUCCAUGUGCCUCCCUCACCUGGCCGUGGUCUCCCUAUUUGUCAGCACUGCCAUGUUUGCCUACCUGAAGCCCAACUCCAUCUCCUCCCCAUCCCUGGACCUGGUGGUGGCAGUUCUGUACUCGGUGGUGCCUCCAAAUUUUCAUUAA